UUUGGGAACCACGAAUGGCAGAGCUGCUCCUUAAAAAAUACCCAAACACCCCGCACACACACACGCACACGCACGCCUCCUCCAGCAGUAUUGGGUGUCCGAAGGAAUCCAGUCACCCCCCUUGAAAGUACAUAUUUGACAGGGUAGAGUCAGGCAGAGCCUGCACUCCAGCUCAGCCUUCAGUCCGGGACAGACGCCCCAGCCCCACUCCUACUCUCCUUUUGGACGUUCAGUUGGUGCUGCCAAACAGCAAUAAGCAGCCAUGGAGGCCAUCAAGAAGAAGAUGCAGAUGCUCAAGCUCGACAAGGAGAAUGCCUUGGACAGAGCUGAGCAGGCUGAGUCAGACAAGAAAGCAGCUGAGGACAGAAGCAAACAGCUUGAGGACGAUUUGGUGGCUCUUCAGAAGAAGCUGAAGGGAACUGAGGAUGAGCUGGAUAAGUACUCCGAGGCUCUUAAAGAUGCCCAGGAGAAACUUGAGCUGGCUGAGAAGAAAGCCACCGAUGCCGAGGCAGAUGUCGCUUCUCUUAACAGACGUAUCCAGCUGGUUGAGGAGGAGUUGGAUCGUGCUCAGGAGCGUCUGGCCACUGCCCUGACCAAGCUGGAGGAGGCUGAGAAGGCCGCUGAUGAGAGUGAGAGAGGCAUGAAGGUCAUUGAGAACAGGGCCAUGAAGGAUGAGGAGAAAAUGGAGCUGCAGGAGAUCCAGCUGAAGGAGGCCAAACACAUCGCUGAGGAGGCUGACCGCAAAUAUGAGGAGGUGGCCCGUAAGCUGGUCAUCAUUGAGGGUGAGCUGGAGCGCACAGAGGAGCGUGCUGAGCUCUCAGAAGGCAAAUGCUCUGAGCUUGAGGAAGAGUUGAAAACUGUGACAAACAACCUCAAGUCACUGGAGGCCCAGGCUGAGAAGUACUCACUGAAGGAAGACAAGUAUGAGGAGGAGAUCAAGGUCCUCACCGACAAGCUGAAGGAGGCUGAGACUCGUGCUGAGUUUGCUGAGAGAUCAGUAGCCAAGCUUGAGAAGACCAUUGAUGACCUGGAGGAUGAGUUGUAUGCCCAGAAACUGAAGUACAAGGCCAUCAGCGAGGAGCUGGACCACGCCCUCAACGACAUGACUUCCAUAUAAAUUGCUUACACCUCAUCAAAGACGCCUCCUGCCGGCUGAGCAGCCUUUGUCUGCUCUCUCCAGCCUCCUCUCCCUUUUCCCUUCCCUCUCUGUCUUUGCUUUACUCUUCUGUUUUCUCCCCAGUCGCAUCCCAUCAUUUGUACAGAAUCCUAGAAUCUUUCUGCAUUGUGUAAAAAAAUAAACCUCCUUCCUUCUAUGUGAGCUCUAUCUCUUUACUCUGUCCCUUUUUUCAUUAUUUUCUUUAUGUUCUUAAACUAUGUGGCUCCUAUAUUGUAGUUUUAUGGACUUGAUUGAUGCUUUUUGUCUUCAUACAUUGUUCCAUAAAGCAGAGGCUUAAGGAAUUUCUGAAUAGGGAAAUGAAUGUCAAAAUCCAGAGCAACUAAGAGUGCCUGACUGAAGGCUGAGCUGAACUUUGCACUGAUGUAUGCGAGCAUGUUUAGUACAUUUAGUACAGUGAAAGAGGUAACUGGAUGGAAAGCGGUAGUAGUUGGUGAGCAUUAGUGCUGGAUUGUUAACUGGAAGAUUGUGGUAUAGUGGGAUGGGUGGAAUGCAGAGCAGCAUGUAAGACUUGUGAAACUACAUCUAGUGCUGGAUGAAAAAUGGGAUGAAACUAAUAUGGGUUUAUGACAAAUUGGCUUUGUAUGAAUGAAUCACGGUCUCCUGCCUAAAAUCUAAAUAAAAUCACAAUGGCAUAUUUUGCGUCCUUUUAUUAAAGUCGUAAACUUGCAUUCAAACGUUAAAAAGACAAAGUGAGAAGUCUUCAGUGGUUUAGAAUUCAAAUGGUUCAUCUUAUUGAUGUAAUUGAGAGUAGUCAUUUAAAAAGUUUCAAACAAAGCAACACAGGUCUUAUUUUUCAAUUACCUUACAUGCAAUUGUCUCCUUUUUUCUUCCUUUUUUUGUUCUGGGUUUGCUCAACUCGCACUCUGCUUAUUCAACACACUAAAGUGGCUUAUAUUAACGUAAGCUAACCAGAAUGCUCACAAAGAGCAAAAAUCUUCUCAAACAUAAAAAUUAGCAUUGGUAUUUUUGUUUUUGCUUUUUGAAAUUUAAAAAAAAAAAUCCAAAAAGCAGAAUGUGCAGAAGAUAAGACUCAUAUGAUAUUCCACCUCCCCUUUUCCCCUUAACCCCUGUCCUUUUUACAAACUAAAAAGGACUAACCUCUGUGAAUGGAUUGGUGUUUUUGGAGUUGUAUGGUCUUCACUCGUUCAGUUAGCCCUGUCCGUGUGUGGCACCUGCAUCAUUUGUGUCACUGCUGGUUGAGGUGUAUUUGUAUUAAGACUAAUGAUUUAAGGAUAAUCAUCUUAACUUAAGUUUCUAACAUUAUUCAAUAUUUUUUCCCUGUAGGUCAUUGGCUGUGUUUAUUUGUACAAGACUGAUGCUUUCUGACUUGCAUGGUUGCCAGCAGAUGAUAACAAUGUCCUUUUUUCUGUUUUCAUCAUGCUGUGUUGAUUGAGUUUUGAGUUGGAGCUGACCUGAAUGAUAUAUUCACUUUGAUUAUUAAUGCAGGCUAACAAACUGACUGAUUUGUGCUUGCUUGUGUGCGAUUUAAAAUGUCUUUGUUUGAUGUUCUAACAGAGAAACUGUCUCAAGCUAAAGAAGAGAACCUCGACAUGCACCAGAUGCUGGACCAGACCCUAAUGGAACUGAAUAACUUGUGAAAGCACAAUUUGACGCCCACACACACUGUGGUUUUGGCUUUUUUUUUUUUUUUUACUUGCACCUU